CCUACCAUAUGCACAAAGAUGAACUUCACCUUGGUAACGACUUUACUCUGUUGUAUCGCUGCCUCUCUUUCUGAGUUUUACACUGUGGAGGUCCAGCCUGGUGAAGACGUCAUACUGCUGUGCUCCAACUUUUCCAGUGUUCCCAUUCACAUACACUGGUUCAGACUGGCCAACAGAUCCAACACCAGCUGCAUCUCCUCUAUGGCCAGCUCUGAUUCCAAUGUUUCAUUUUGUGAUGGAUUUCAAAAUCACAAAUUUAAUAUGACAUCCAACACCACUGCCCUCUUUCUCAAGAUCAAACAAGUGGAUUUAUCUGACUCUGGACUGUAUUUCUGUGGAUUUAAAACAGAUGGAAACCCAGUUAUUGUCAGUGCAACAUAUUUAAAGGUUCAAGAAGUGUUUGAUGGAAUAAGCACGCUGAUGAGUGCAAUCCUGGUUGGUCUGACUGUUUUCCUCCUUCUAGUCAUCAUUGGUCUGGUUGUCAAAAUAAGGAAACUUCAUACAGCUCAAACUGAGGGACAGAAUCCACAACACAGUGAGAAUCUGGGCUCUGAUGCCCUGAACUACGCAGCGCUGAGUUUCCAUCCAAAAGCAAAAACUAGGAGAAGGCCUGCAUCAGAGAGAGAGAUGGAGACAAAUGUUAUUUAUGCUGCCACCAGAUAGACUCAGCAAACAACUGAAACUGAACGCUGACUGGAACUGAUGCUUUAUUAAAUCCAUCUUGUUGGGGUUUUAUGUGGGUGGCAGAUGUUACCAUCACUGUCAAUAAAUUAAAUUUUCUAAUAAAGAUUCUAUAUUCACUCAAGUUGUGCUGAUUCAUGUAAAUCUCCUUUACAGUGUAAAGUGUGUUUUAAUUCUUACUUUCCAGCCAAAAU